CGAAAAAAGUCUGAUCUUGGUAAAUCGGAGACGCAUUUGGUGUGCUUUGCUUGUUGGUAAAUGCCUUGAAGAAAAUGUGAACUCAACUCGUGGACCGUUCUCGACUAAAAUGGUUCUUCAGUGUGGAGAGCACGCCAAACUUAAGAAAAUACCCUUGUCUGUCGAAGCUGAACCAAAGCAAGCUUUGGAAAAAGGAAGGUGCACAUAGAAAAAAAAAAAGAUGACAGAUUUGAUGGAAUGGUACUAUAUUUUAACGUGCGUUCUUAAAAACAAGACUAUACGCAGGCGAUGCAACAUGGAUUUUAAUAAUGCAAGAGAUGAGGGGAACUUGACUGAUGGUAAACAAAGUGAGGAGAAUUGUCAGAUGUUUCAUGGUCUCACUGAGUGACUGUUCUGCCUGACUGGAAAUCGUACAGUAUUUCUCUGAAAUCCAAGUGCAGAAAGCAUUAUUUUAUAAGAGCACGGAAGUACUGUGUAAGCUUGGGAACACAAGUCCCAUAUGCAUGUGCAGUACAUCAGAAAAAGCCUCAGGAUACCACAGAAACGAAGAAGGGCAGCACUGAGACAUUAUACAAAGACAUUGUUUAAGAAAAGAAAUGCAGCAGUUGGAUCUGACCUGUGAACAAGCUGUGUUGGCAGUUCAUCACUAUUCCUUCCUUGUAACUUCUGCAACUGAAACUGCUGGGCUGUGGUCUUCCCAAAGAAUGGUUCUCCCCUGGCUGUAAUGUUGCUGUGAGACCAUUUGAGCAACACCUUGUAGCACUACAGUAACAGGAGUUGUACAGAACUUAUCAAGACAAAGUUGCCCAGUAAAAAUGGAAUACUUAACGUAUGAUAACAUCACCCAAGCUGCUGCUCAAAAUGCAUCUAUGCAAUUGGAGUUCAGCCACUACAAGAUGGUGCAGGUUAUCUUUAUCGCUACAGUGACAGGGUCUCUCAGCUUAGUCACUGUAGUCGGCAACAUCUUGGUUAUGCUGUCCAUCAAAGUCAACCGUCAACUACAGACAGUCAACAACUAUUUUUUGUUCAGUUUGGCCUGUGCUGACUUAAUAAUUGGAGUUUUCUCUAUGAAUCUAUAUACAGUUUACAUUAUCAAAGGGUACUGGCCAAUGGGGGCAGUAGUGUGUGACCUCUGGCUAGCUCUUGAUUAUGUCGUAAGCAAUGCAUCUGUCAUGAACUUGCUGAUUAUUAGCUUUGAUCGAUAUUUUUGUGUUACUAAACCUUUAACCUACCCUGCAAGGAGGACAACCAAGAUGGCAGGUUUAAUGAUUGCUGCAGCAUGGAUACUGUCAUUCAUGCUCUGGGCACCUGCUAUCUUGUUCUGGCAAUUCAUUGCUGGCAAAAGGACAGUAGCUGAUGGUGAAUGCUACAUCCAGUUUCUCUCGAACCCAGUGGUUACAUUUGGAACUGCAAUUGCAGCCUUUUACCUUCCUGUGGUCAUCAUGACAAUAUUGUAUAUCCAUAUCUCACUUGCAAGCAGAAGCAGGAUCCGAAGAAGCAAGCCAGAGAAAAAGAAAGAGUCAAUAACUAAAUCAUCAAACUUUUUUAAAAAUUAUUUUAUCAAACAAAACAAUAACAAUACACCAAAGCCUUCGGCUACCAAUGCAAUAAAAGAAGAAGUGAGAAAUGGAAAAGUUGAUGAAAAUCCUUCCCCAAAACCUGAAUCAUUAGGGCAACAGGAGGAGAAGGAGACAUCCAAUGACUCCAGCACAGUCAGCAUUACCCAAAACACAAAAGAAAAAUCAUUAGGUGAAAACGUACAAGAUGGACAAGGACUUCCACCAAAUCCUGUACGGCUUAACCCAGGCUCAAAGUGGUCCAAAAUCAAAAUUGUGACAAAGCAAUCAGGGGGUGAGUGCAUCACAGCAAUUGAAAUAGUUUCUGCUAGCUCUACCUCUGCUUCAAAUAGUAUGUUAGCACAGAACCGCCCUUUAAAUGUGGCUCGUAAAUUUGCCAGCAUUGCAAGGAAUCAAGUACGAAAGAAGCGUCAAAUGGCUGCAAGAGAGAAAAAAGUGACGAGGACAAUUUUUGCAAUUCUUCUGGCCUUCAUCAUCACAUGGACUCCUUAUAAUGUGAUGGUGCUUAUCAACACAUUCUGUGAGACCUGUGUACCUGAGACAGUAUGGAUUAUUGGUUAUUGGCUUUGUUAUGUGAACAGCACUAUUAACCCAGCCUGUUAUGCACUCUGCAAUGCUACUUUCAAAAAAACAUUUAAGCAUCUGCUUCUGUGCCAAUACAGAAACAUUGGGACUGCAAGAUAAAUCGGUGCCUUAUGGGGUUCUGUUUAUCCACAUGAUUGCAAAGAGGUGAAUUCUUCUGGUGAGGGACUUGGGUCCCUAUGUGAUCAUAAUUCCAUAUGCACAGAUAUACAUAAAUAUAAAUGCACCAACCCACAUGCAUGCGAGUGCACACCCACAUGCACAUAUACAGGUUAAAUCACUUCCUGAAAAAACAAGAUCUCUAGGAAGAUUGUCAGCCAGAGUAACAUAAGAGGAUGUUUCUUUAGACAUUCAACACUUUUUCUUUAUUAGUUAAGUAUAUACAGCAACCUCCGUCACCAACCUAGCUCUCCUGCACACUGGGAUUGUUGAAAGACUAAAAUGAAAAUCAUAUUCCAGUGAUCUUCCUGACUAAUGUUCAUUACAAGGUGUGCCAAAACAGACAGAUUAUUAAAUACCCUAUUUGGCAUACAGCAUAAUAUAAUGCUUUUUCCUGUCUGUGUUACUGACCCACACCGUACUGCUGUAAGAAAUAAUCUGGGAGUAGCCUCCUUCUUUCUUUUUUUUUUUUUUUUAACAGAAAGGUACACAUGUGGCUGGAGACCAAAUAUCCAAAUGUCUCUGAAGAAAACCAGCAAGAAGAGCCAUUUUGUCUCUUUGCAGAAACAUCAGAGAAAUGUAAACUGGUGCAAACUAGGAAAUGAGCUGUUGUACUUCACCUGUGCCAUUCGUUCUUGCAUUAACUCAGUUAAGAAAAUUUUACUUGACAAAACAUAAAAUGAAGGUUGCCAAAGUUUUAAGACAACAGUUUUUUAAGCACAGCAGAAGAUCCUUAUUGGAACAAACAGCAGAUUGUGAAAACUUUUAUGACUUCUUCAGUAUGAAAUAAUCAUGGCUGUCAUCAUUUCGAGAACAAACUCCAUGUUUCUUUCAAUGGAAAUGGCAUAAGAUGGCAGCUGCAGAAAGCUAAGCAACAUUCCAUAGUAAUCAAAGAUCACAUCUGUGCCAGGCUGGACUUUUCCCAGGACACAGUCAUCAUGUCAAACUAAAAAGGAAUCUGAUAGUUUCCUAAACUGAAUAGUCAUGAAUAAUGCCAGACUAAACUGUAGACAAUCUCCUUUAUAAAUUGUGAAGAGUCAGCAACGGAUGCCAGACUGGCAGGAAUUGCAAUUGUGUUAAUAUUAGUAAACAGUUGUUACUAAAACCAGGUUCCUUCUAUCUCUGGAAACCAUUAAAUGUACAUUCUUAUGUUGUAUACUAACGUGAUUGAUAUUUAUACUACCAGUGUGUGCAAUAUCCAUGUUUAUUCAUAUACAACUUACUGUGUACAACUAUAGUGAUACCAGACAAAACCCUUCAGUGAUCCAUGUAGUUUGACAGUGAGUCCAUAGGGUGAGUUACAAGGAUGAUAUAUCUCCACAAUCCCCGCCGCAUUAUUUUAGCAUCAGACAAAUGGAACUUCACUGUUAUUAAAGGUCUGGGAAUGGGUGUUGUAAAUGUCUUAUAGUAAAUGAUGUACUCUACAUAUAAGGAGUUAUCAACAUGGCAUAGAAAGAAAUCAAUUGCAGUAAAUUAAGCACUGAUAAAUAUUAAACUACAUUAUCAUGGUUCUGACUUGUUCUGCUGUA